CGGGAAAAGUAGGAUGGGGGCUGGAGCGAGCGCCGAGGAGAAACGCUCCAGAGAGCUGGAGAAGAAGCUGAAGGAAGAUGCCGACAAGGAUGCAAGAACCGUCAAGCUGCUGCUGCUAGGUGCUGGAGAGUCAGGCAAAAGCACCAUUGUCAAACAGAUGAAAAUUAUCCACAAAGAUGGUUACUCACUUGAAGAGUGCUUGGAGUUCAUUACCAUCAUCUACAGCAACACCCUGCAGUCCAUCAUGGCCAUUGUGAAGGCCAUGUCCACACUCAAUAUCAACUACGGCCACGCUGAUCAGCAGGACGAUGCCAGGAAACUCAUGCAUCUUGCAGACACCAUUGAAGAAGGCACCAUGCCCAAAGAAAUGUCAGACAUCAUUUUGCGCCUGUGGAAGGAUUCUGGCAUACAGGCGUGCUUUGACAGGGCCUCAGAAUACCAACUCAACGACUCCGCUGGAUACUACCUGAAUGACUUGGAGCGACUGAUCCAGCCAGGCUAUGUGCCCACUGAGCAAGAUGUGCUGCGAUCAAGAGUGAAGACCACUGGUAUCAUUGAGACCCAGUUUUCCUUCAAAGAUCUCAAUUUCAGAAUGUUUGAUGUGGGUGGCCAGAGGUCAGAGAGAAAGAAAUGGAUUCAUUGUUUCGAAGGUGUGACCUGUAUCAUCUUCAUUGCUGCUUUGAGCGCCUACGACAUGGUGCUGGUGGAGGAUGAUGAAGUGAAUCGAAUGCACGAGAGUCUGCACUUGUUCAACAGUAUCUGCAACCACCGUUACUUUGCCACCACCUCCAUUGUACUCUUCCUCAACAAGAAAGAUGUGUUCACCGAGAAGAUCAAGAAAGCUCAUCUCAGCAUGUGCUUCCCUGAAUAUGAUGGCCCCAAUACUUACGAGGAUGCUGGUAACUACAUCAAAAUGCAGUUCUUGGACCUGAACCUGCGCCGAGACGUCAAAGAAAUCUACUCUCACAUGACCUGUGCCACAGACACAGAGAACGUCAAGUUUGUGUUUGACGCCGUAACCGACAUCAUCAUCAAAGAAAAUCUGAAAGACUGUGGUCUCUUCUAAGAGCCAUGCUGAGAAACCCGAAGAAGGGUGCUGUUGUAGCCCUGUCACAUUCCACAAAUCCCUCCUCUAUUCAAACUGUGACAUCCACUGAGGACCCAAGAUGAGAAACUGUCCCCCCAAACAGCCAUUCUCAAAUAGGCGAACGCAAAAAAAAAGAAAAAAUCUAUUUGUUGUGUUCAAAACUAAGUUGUAGCUUUGACCGAAAACUUUGGGUCAACUGAGACCAGAAGACAGCUCCUACGUCAGAAAAUCCUGUGCAGAUUUCAGAUGAGUUGAAUUUUAGUCAAGCUAACUUUUCUCUUGAGCCUCUUUGAACUCGUCUUUGGAGGGCUAUGCAAUCUGUAGUUAAGACAUCAAAAGCUUCUGUCAGCAUAAAGUGAUUUUUUUCUCACAUGUACUCGUGAAUAGAUGUCAAGGCUAACGCGCCGUUUGUAUGCUCCAGUAACCGGUCAGUACAGCCAAAAAGCAAACAAGAUGGCCUCACCACCUGCAAAAGCACUUCAACCUCUGUUAGAGAUUUAAUGAGAACUUGUCAUUAGAAAUGGUUUUUAUGUACAGAAAUGAAUAACACCACAUAAAAGCUGUGACAUACAGUAGUACAAGCAGGUAAUAGAAGUGAAUUUUUAAGGAAAGUGUCAUUGUUAGAAGAUGUAACUUUUUGCAAUAGUUGAAAAGGGCCAGUGUAUAUAAUUAAACUGAUUUCUAUUGGACAGUUUGUGAAGUGUGGUGAUACCAUGUUGAUCUGUAAUACUGUUAAGUGGUAGAUGUAAUAUACUUUAAUUUAUAAAAACCUUGUCUAAAAGUUAACGGGCCUCUGAGCCAAUAAUCCUGUACAGAAACCAAUCAUUGUAAACCUUGACUAACCUA